AUUAAACUCGAGUCAUAAUACGAAAACGCAGAUGAAGAUUCGUUCCAGCCAGAGGCGAGGCACACUCACAGGCACAAAGGGUACGCAUACAGAUACGGAUACAUGUGCAGAUGCAGAUACAGGCAGGCCAGCCAGAACUAUGCCUUCCAUUGGGAAUGAUCUGACUGGAGACGGGGCACGACGAGCCAAUGGCGGAGCGUAAAUGGCAACAGUUGCCGCUAAAUGGUGACUUAAUGGCUGAAGAGACACACAAACCACCCUCGAAUUGGUCUUUAGGGGUGAGUGUCGGUGCGAGUGUGAGUGCGUGUGGAAAACAACCCCCGAAGACACAGGGUCGUUGCCUAUAUAAGAUACGGAUAGCGGUCCAGCAGCCAGACAGUCUCGUUCAGCCAGCGAUCGUGUUCACUACCUCAGUCCAGGCCAAGCUCAAUAAACAGAAAAUGUCGCGCUCUUUCCUGAUGGAUUCCCUGCUCAGCGAUAUGCCGCCCCUAAGCAAGCAAAAGGAACCUUCCAGCUCCGCUAGCCAAGGAGCCAGUGCAGCAGCCGCCGCGGUGGCCGCAGCAGCCAUGUUGCCCACCAUCCCCAUUCUGCCAUAUCCGGCCAGCUAUGUGGGCAGCUACCUCUUCUCCCUGGGCAUCCAGCAGCAGCAGCAACAACAUCAGGCGGCCAUGGCAGCAGCAGCUGCCCUCCAGCAGCAUCCCCAUGCCCACGCCCAUGCCGGGACCAGUUCCGGCUCGCUCUAUCAUCCUUACGCCCAGCUCUUCGCCACCAAGAGGAAGUCCAGCGGGUUCAGCCAGUACGAGAACUGCUAUCCGUCGCCACCGCUCUCAGCCAACCCUAGCAGCAGCUCCCAGCAGAUGCCUCUUCACUCGUUGUAUGGAGGAGCUCCGGGAGCGGCCUGCCCUCUGCCCCUCCCCGAACCAGGCAGCUUCUGCACAUCGCCCUCGGCGUCCUCGUCGGCUUCCCUGGAUUACACCAACAACUUCGAUGAUCAGCCACAGGCGAAGCGCUUCAAGCACGAGUCCUCCUGCUCCCCCAACAGUUCCCCACUGAAGUCCUCGGCCGUGCCAUCGGACAUCACCCCACUCAUCAGCGACUAUGCCGACUCGAGCAAACGGAUUCGUACCGCCUUCACCAGCACCCAGCUAUUGGAGCUGGAAAGGGAGUUCUCCCACAAUGCCUAUCUGUCCCGGCUGCGUCGCAUCGAGAUCGCCAAUCGCCUGCGGCUCUCCGAGAAGCAGGUCAAGAUUUGGUUCCAGAAUCGUCGCGUGAAGCAGAAGAAAGGCGGCUCCGAGAGUCCCACAUUCAAUCUCUCCACCAACUCUGGUUGCAGUCCCCAGACCUCGCCCCACGCCCCCAAAGUGUGCGAACUGAAGGCGGAAGCGUAAUCUUGGGACCGAGUCGAGAUCCUCUUCCUGAUUGUAUAGUAGAUCUAAUUUUUUUUUGCGCAGGUAGC